AUAGAAAUGAUUAUGAGCUAGAAACGGUAUUCUACAGCCAAGAUGGUCUAUCAGGAACAGCCACGUGUUGCUUCAGCAUCUGGGAGGAACAUUUCAAAUAAGCAGACUUUUGAUUUAUUGCCUUUGUCGGCUGGGGGCAUUAGUAUGGAAGUUAAGAAUAGCUCUAAUAAAGUUGGAAAUGCAAUUGAAUCAUUGUCACAACUCCAAGGAAAAGUUCCGUACCUUCAUUCAUUUCAAAAACAGUCACAUGUGCCUUUCUCGAUACCUGCAACUCGUUACACAGACCACCGUUCAACGGCACAGCUACACAUCAGGUUCAACUGCAGCUACCUCAAUAUCCCAGUAACCCUUUUUGUGCCCCUCCUUACAUGAGUCAAUUGGGAGUUACAAAGCAGCAGCAACAGCAACGACUUUGGGCAGCCCACGUAGCAGCUCCGUACAAGCCUGGUGGAACCUCAACGGUCUUGACCCAAUUUCCAAGCUGGCAAAAUGGAAAGCCCGAGUCCUCUACAUCGACGCCUUAUACUCAAAUGCCACUCCUCCCUUUUCAAAUCUAGAUGCUGUUGGUCUCAAGUAUAAUACAAUCAUACAACAUCAGGUGCCAAUAAUUACCAUUUCUUCAGCUUUGCCGCCAGCCAAAGCAAAAAGGUUAGACCACCAUCUUCCAUCCAUGUACGAAGAAAGCAAUGGUAGACUACGUGCCGGUGGGACGCCUUUGCAGUUACUCUGCGACGAGCACAUCUAAAGUUUGAAUGAGGUCCCUUUCACUUACGAUGCACACAGUAAACAUUAUUUUAUUCUUUCAACAGCAAAUCAUAGCCAGUGGUCACCGUUGACACAAUCAACAGCGAUGUUUAUCUAUUGACCUACAGAUUCGGGAAUGAAAUAUAACGAGACAUUGUAAUUUUAGCAAGAAUAUUCUAAUGCCCAUUGCCGCAUGA